AUAAACCAUGUGCUUCGCGGAGCGCUACGGUCUCCCCUCCAUUGUCUUCGAGCUAUGGUUGCACGUAGACACGUCUCAUUUCUGGCAUCGUGGCCAAUAGACUAAUAUUUCAGCUGAUUUUGGCGACGAUCUUUUCUACAAAAGUUAGUCAGUAUGGCAGACGGGACGAGUGAGAAGUUGUCAAAAAAAUAACAAUCUCAUAGAAAAUCCAAGCGCGUCACAUGGGUAAAGUCUAAACUCGAUACGAUAACAUACGGCAAUUAUGCUCGUUACAUUAACUAAGAUUCGCACUAUCAUGUCCGCACCAAUAACGGGAACGUGGUUGACGAGCCACAAGACAAAGUUGCAUCAGACGUCUUUGCGUCGGUUCUCCACAAAUGAGUUGAAAAGACGUCUCAAAGCAGAACAAAAAGCCAAAGAAAAGGCUGAAAAGGAAGAGACCAAAGCAGCAGCUCAAGUUCAGGCUCAAGCAAAACCUUCCAAAAAGAAAAAUGUUGAAGAAGAAGAGAUCAAUCCUAAUGAAUAUUUUAAAAUCCGAACAUUGGCUGUCAACCAACUUAAGGCCAGCAACAAUCAUCCUUAUCCACACAAAUUUCAUGUAUCAAUCUCACUCCAGGACUUUAUUGAAAAAUUUGGUAAUUCCUUGAAAGAUGGUGAAACAUUAAAUGAAGUGCAUAGUAUCGCUGGACGUGUUCACGCCAUUCGAGAAUCUAGUACCAAAUUGAUCUUUUAUGACCUUCGAGGAGAAGGUGUCAAAGUGCAAAUACUAGCCAAUGCAAAAUUGUAUAAGGGUGAGGACAAAUUCGCAGAGGACACUGCGAAGAUCAGGAGAGGCGAUAUUAUAGGCGUUGUCGGCAAUCCUGGAAAAAGUAAGAAGGGAGAAUUGUCGAUUAUACCACAUUCUAUUAUUCUACUCAGUCCAUGUUUGCACAUGUUGCCACACCUUCACUUUGGUUUGAAGGAUAAAGAGACAAGAUACCGGCAACGCUACUUGGACUUAAUAUUGAAUGACAAAGUGCGACAAAUCUUCUACAUACGUGCAAAGAUAAUUGCCUACAUGCGCAACUUCUUCGAUCAAAUGGGCUUUCUAGAAGUGGAGACUCCUAUGAUGAACAUGAUCGCUGGUGGUGCGACUGCUAAACCGUUCAUUACCCACCACAACGAACUUAACAUGGACUUGUACAUGAGAAUCGCACCAGAAUUGUAUCACAAGAUGUUGGUUGUCGGUGGGAUUGACAGAGUGUAUGAGAUUGGCAGGCAGUUCAGGAAUGAAGGUAUCGACAUGACUCACAAUCCUGAAUUCACCACCUGUGAAUUCUAUAUGGCGUACGCAGACUAUAAUGACUUGAUGAAGAUCACAGAGGAUAUGGUGUCUGGCAUGGUGAAGGCCAUACAUGGCACUUACAAAAUAAAGUAUCAUCCUGAUGGACUGGAAGCGGUCGAAAUCGAUUUCACGCCGCCCUUCAAACGCAUCUCGAUGAUAGAUAGUUUGGAGCAAAUUCUCAACAUUAAGCUGCCCGAAGCGGAUCAGCUUAACACGCCGGAAGCAACCAAAAUCCUUAGCGAUCUUUGUGAGAAGCACGAAAUUGAAUGUCCUCCACCUCGAACAUCAGCGAGACUAUUAGAUAAACUUGUAGGAGAAUUCAUAGAGGAGAAGUGUAUCAAUCCCACGUACGUCAUUGGUCAUCCGCAAGUAAUGUCUCCAUUGGCAAAAUGGCACCGACAAAGCAAAGGCCUUACGGAACGAUUUGAGCUGUUUGUUAUGAAGAAAGAAAUCUGCAAUGCGUACACUGAACUAAACGAUCCGGUCAUUCAGAGAGAAAGAUUUGAGCAACAGGCAAAAGAUAAAGCAGCCGGCGAUGAGGAAGCACAAUUAGUUGAUGAGAAUUUUUGCACUGCUUUGGAAUACGGUUUGCCACCAACGGCUGGUUGGGGAAUGGGUAUUGAUCGAUUAACAAUGUUCCUUACUGAUUCAAACAAUAUUAAAGAAGUAUUACUCUUUCCUCAAAUGAAGCCGGACGACCCAAAUAAAAACAAAGAAGUCGCUGAAGAUGAUAAAACAUUAAAUGAUCACGUGGAAAAAUAGUAUAAAAAAUAAUUUAAAAAAGGAUGUAUCUGGAAAAAUCUUUUGGAUUUUUGUAUUUUCUGUUUGGACAAAUAUUUUUAAAAAAUUAAAUCAAACGAUAAUUCUUACGCAUUAUAUUUAUUUGAUAAAUAAACUUGGCUACACACAACACAUUCGUUAUAAUCUAGUUACCACAAUGAACACAAACAGUAUGCGCGUAAAAGAGUAAUACACACUUCGUACUUCAAGCCAAAAACAUCGAGUCUUAGUAAGUACUUACAUAUUUGCUGGCAGCAUAUUUAUAUUGUCUGAUAAUCAUUAUUGAAAAAUAAAUGUAAUCUUGUAUAAAUUUAA